AUGUUAAUUGACGCUUUAACCAACUUAUCUGGCUUCAACAAAUCAUCAGGCAAAGGCUCAUCAAGCACCACUACUCGUAAAGUUGAUACUUUAUACCUUGCUACUUCAUCAACUAAUAAAACCACUGAAGAUCCAACCAAUUACCCACCACCAAGAUUCCCAUUAUAA